AUGGCCCUAAUAUUCAGGGUUCUUAAUAGUACUAGUGGAGAAUUUUCUCACUGGUGCUGUGGUUGUGCAGCGUUAUAUGUCGAUAAAAAACACCAAUCUAAAAUACACAGUUUAGCUCCGUCAGGUGGGUUUGGUAAGGGCUUUAAUGCAGAAUUCAUGUUUAAAGGCUUGAAAGACUAUUCACCGUUUCUUGCUCUUCAUACAGCGCUCGACUUCUGGUUAGCGCUUGGGCCAAGUAACAUCCGUGCAUACAUCACGGAGCUUGCGCACAAUGCAGGUACAAUGCUAGCUGACAGAUGGGAAACUGAUACAUUGUUCCCAAUCUCCAUGUACGGUCCAAUGGUACUAAUCCGCCUACCCGACAGGCUUUGGAAUCAUUCUGGUACCACCAUUGCAACGAAACCUAUUGCUGACCAUAUACAGGACUUGCUACACUACGAUUAUGGGAUAGAAGUUCCAGUUAAGCCAAUCAAAGGCCGUCUCUAUGUACGCAUUAGUGCGCAUGUGUACAAUCACAUGAGGGACUAUCACGUGCUUGCUGACGCUGUAUGUCUAUUGGUUGAGAAAGUAGACAUUGGCAAUGAUACAAGUUAGGAAACAGAAGAAGAAAAAAGAGUGGAUCGCGCUUUCUCCUUUGGCGCUGUAGGGAAGCACUGAACUC